UUUGGACAUCCAACACAUCAUCUUGUUCGAGUAGCAGUAAAUGGAGAAUUGCCACAAGAUGAUAUAACCAGAUUUGCGCAGAUAAGAUCUUUCAAAUUUGUUUCUAAUAUUUAUCUAGCAAUUCCUGUUUGGUAUGGAAAACACUUUGCUUGUCGAAGUGGAGAAGGAUGUGGGAAGCAAACGAAUGUAUGGUUGCCUAACAAUCGGGAUAUUAGUUGUGCUAUCAUAGGAAAGUUCAUGCAGGGAAAUAAGAUUGAAGAAAAAUGCCUUACUCAUCGAGUUGUAAUAGACGAAGAAGAACUUGAUUUCUUAAUUCAGGAUUGUAUUAAAGAGGGAACAUAUGCUGGUAGUGAUAAAU